CUUAAAUCCAGCCGCUCCUCUAUUUUUACUCAGGAGAUUUGGAGAAACAAACAACAAAACAGGAGGAGCUGUGAUUGGAGCCCGAUUCAGAAAAGUAGUCUUCCAACGCCGGUAUUUUGACAUCUUUUUUUUUUUUUUAAAUCUUCUCAGCGGCAGAGACACUUGGGGACCGAGGGAUCUACCAUGAUAAGGGCUGUGGAUGUUGUGCUGACUGUGCUCCUUACCGUGUCCCUGUCGUGCCGGAGCGUCCUCGGCGGCUACGGGAUGAGCCUGUUCGCGGCGCAGACUUCUCCGCCGGACCCCUGCUACGACGAGCACGGCAACCCGCGCCGCUGCAUCCCGGACUUCGUCAACUCCGCCUUUGGGAAGGAAGUGAAGGUGUCCAGCACCUGCGGCAAGACGCCCAGCCGCUACUGCGUGGUGACUCUGGCGGAGAAGGGAGACGAGAGGACCAGAAACUGUCACUCCUGCGAUGCCUCGGACCCCAAGAAGUACCACCCGCCGGCGUACCUGACGGACCUCAACAACCCCCACAACCUCACCUGCUGGCAGUCCGAGAACUUCAUCCAGUACCCGCAAAAUGUCACUCUGACUCUGUCCCUCGGCAAGAAGUUUGAGGUCACUUACGUGAGCCUGCAGUUCUGCUCGCCCCGACCCGAAUCCAUGGCUAUUUACAAGUCCAUGGAUUACGGUAAAACUUGGGUACCCUUUCAGUUUUACUCGACCCAGUGCAGGAAGAUGUAUAACAAGCCUAACAGGGCCGUUAUCACGAAGCAGAACGAGCAGGAGGCCGUCUGCACGGACUCCCACACAGACAUGUACCCUCUGACCGGUGGGCUCAUCGCCUUCAGCACGCUGGACGGCAGACCUUCGGCGCACGACUUCGACAACUCACCGGUGCUGCAGGACUGGGUCACAGCCACUGAUAUUAAGGUCAUCUUCAGUCGUUUGCACACUUUCGGUGACGAGAACGAGGACGACUCGGAGCUGGCUCGGGACUCGUACUUCUACGCCGUGUCGGACCUGCAGGUCGGAGGGAGAUGCAAAUGCAACGGGCACGCAUCUCGAUGCGUAAAGGACCGGGACGGCAGUCUGGUGUGUGAGUGCAAGCACAACACCGCCGGGCCGGAGUGCGACAGGUGCAAACCUUUCCACUACGACAGACCGUGGCAGAGAGCCACAGCCAGGGAGGCCAACGAGUGUGUCGCCUGUAACUGCAACCUUCACGCCCGGAGGUGUCGUUUCAACAUGGAGCUGUACAAGCUGUCGGGGAGGAAGAGCGGAGGAGUCUGCCUCAACUGUCGCCACAACACAGCAGGACGCCACUGCCACUACUGCAAGGAGGGCUACUACAGAGAUCUGUCUAAACCCAUCUCACACAGGAAAGCCUGCAAAGCAUGUGAUUGCCAUCCCGUGGGUGCCGCUGGCAAAACCUGUAACCAAACCACAGGACAAUGUCCCUGUAAAGACGGCGUGACUGGUAUCACGUGCAACCGCUGUGCUAAAGGCUACCAGCAGAGCCGCUCGCCCAUUGCCCCCUGCAUAAAGAUUCCAGUUGCGCCUCCAACGACCCCAUCCAGCAGCACAGAGGAGCCAUCAGACUGUGACUCUUAUUGCAAGGCGUCUAAAGGCAAACUGAAAAUCAACAUGAAGAAGUACUGCAAGAAAGAUUACGCUGUCCAGGUGCACAUCCUGAAGGCAGAAAAAGCCGGCGAGUGGUGGAAGUUCACCGUCAACAUCAUCUCCGUCUACAAGCAGGGCGAGAGCCGCAUCCGCCGUGGGGACCAGUUCCUGUGGGUCCGUGCCAAAGACGUGGCCUGCAAGUGUCCCAAGAUCAAGCCUGGGAAGAAGUACCUGCUGCUGGGGAAUGACGAGGACUCCCCCGGCCAGAGCGGAGUGGUGGCAGACAAAGGCAGCCUGGUUAUCCAGUGGAGGGACACGUGGGCGCGCAGGCUCAGGAAGUUCCAGCAGCGGGAGAAGAAAGGCAAGUGCAAGAAGCCAUAGGUGGAAAACGUUGGGGAGGAUGCCAGAGAGGAAGAGAAAUUCAAGAGAAAAUCUGAGCGGGUGAUUAAAAAAAAAAAAAAAAAAAAA